UUACAUGAAAUAAAAAAACAAUUUAUAAAGCGUCUACAAAAACUAAAUUGCUUAAAUACAACUUUUAUUGUGAGCACUGUAAAUACACUUAUUCGCAAACAUUUAUGACUCGUGUUUUAAAUAAGUGGCAUUAUUAAUAAUUUAUUAUCGUACAUUUAAUAUUUCCGUAAUAUGGCUUUUGUUCCCUUGCUUGCAAAUGAUCUGCAAAGUAAAAAAAUCAAAACAUAUCCUACACGCUUAAAUCCUUUAACUGACUACGAUGAUGAUGAAUUUUUUAAGCGAUUUCGUUUUACCAAACAUACGUUUACCUAUAUAUGCAGCCUUAUUAGAAAUGAAUGUGAGCCACAAACGCAUCGCAGUAAAUCUCUGUCUACAGAACAACAAUUAGCGAUUACAUUGCGUUUUUAUGCAACAGGAUCAUUCUUAGAACUCAUCGGCGACUCAACAAAUAAAUUAGCUAAAUCAAGUGUCAGCCGCACAGUAACUCAUGUUACCGAUUUAUUAGCACGGCUGAUUGACAACUUCAUUUCAUUUCCGUCUGACAUUGCAUUUCAACAAUCCAUUCAACAAGGAUUUCUUGAACGUUUUGGCUUUCCGGGAAUUACUGGAGUUGUGGAUGGAACCCGUGUUAAAAUUCAAGCACCAUCUGGAGAUCAAGAACCAUACUAUCCAAGGUCCAUUUCUGAAUAUUGCAGAUUGGCCUGGAAGUGCGCACGAUUCCGUAUCUUAGGUGAUAGUGGCUAUCCAUGCCAUAGUUAUUUAUUAACUCCUAUUCUUCAUCCUGUUUCUCCACAAGAAGUUAAAUACAACAUUGUCCACAGGAAAACAAGGUGUAUUAUAGAACGCAAGUUUGGAAUUUUAAAACGAAGAUUUCACUGCCUUCAUGGCGAGAUAAGAAUGAAGCCAGUGAAAGUUUGUCGCAUUGUUGCUGCAUGCGCUGUUCUUCACAAUAUCGCAAUAAAGCAAUCUGAACGAUUUGAAUUACCAGACAAUGAAAUAAGUACGGAUGAUCAAGAUGACCAAGAUCAUGUUACUUGUAAUGAUGGUCAUGAUGGUCAGUUAUAUAGAAGGUUGUUUAUAGAGGAAUAUUUUUCAUAA